AUGCCGCUUGACGCCCGAGCUCGGCCGCAGUGGUACGUGGAUGUUGCUGUGGAACUGUCUAGGCCGGGGCACGUUCUUCAGUGGCAUCGCUCUCAGCACCCCGAUAUCCUCCGAUAUCUAUUUCCCUCCAUGGAUGAAGACCGGGCGAAGAAGGUUGUCAAGUUCAACAGCUUCUACGUCGACGUAAACGCCCACAUACACCGACUGGCUGGGUUCCGCUACCAGCCCCGCUCGCCUGUCAACAACAUCGUCUAUGCCAACAUCUACACCACAGACAAGACGGUCAUUUAUCAGUUGCAUCCUGGUGUUUUCAGACCACGAACCGGGGAGGAUCUGCUGCCGCGCAAGAUCAACGCUUUGGACCAAGACAUGGACUCGAUCUCUGCUCAGUUCCACUCGGCUGCAGGCUUAACGCCGGCUCCGGAGGACGCCGAAGUGCAUUCCGAUGACAGCGACGAAGACCGGCCUGUGCGCAUGAUGCCUUCGCAAGACGGGGCGGCUCGGGCAGAGGUACGGGUGCGGGUGUCGGCGUUCUCGAGUGUGUUGAGGGUGUUCACACAGCAAGAGCUCGAGAACUUCGUCGUUACGUAUAGGAACAAUGAGUGGUGGCUCUGGAAGUUCUUGCGUACCUGCGCGCUGCGGUACAUCGUCACAGCGUACAAGAAAUAUUCGGAGGAAGUCCGAAUCACCCUUCCAUCAUUGGCACUCGGAGCGGCAACGGUCUACAUGCUUAACGCCUUGUUCCGUCGUCCACAGAGCUACAACUACCAGCGGAUCUUGGACUCAACGUGCGCCAUGAAGAUC